AUGGCGGUGACGAGGCGGAACCUGCGGCGAACGCCGGCUUCCUCGCAGUUUCUGGACCCACCAGAAAAUGAGGUUUCAUCGUCCCCUCGCUCGUCUGGCACGGGGACGAGAAGCCGGCGAGGAGACGCACACAUCUCACAAGGAGAACGAGCAGACAGGCGUAGAAUUCAAAGCGAGACUUCCUUCGAUGCGCAAGAGAACGCCUCCGAGCCUGCCUCUUCUGACACAGAGGAAAUGAGAACAUGCGAGCGGAGCGCGACUUGCGCUGUUCGACGGCGAGUGCUCGUUGCCAAGUUUCUGAUCAUGGCAGGUUUGUUCCUCGUCUCUGCUUGCGGUGUUGCGGCGUUCUACUUCCACUUACCAGGUCUCUCCCCUAGCUCCCGCGAAGAGCUCGCGCGCUUUUUGCCGUCCUCGCUGAGCGACAGCAGCAAGCUUCGGCGCCUCGAGAACGUCCGUGGUAUCUUCCACGUCUUCGCCAAUUAUAAGGAGGAACAUCCCGCAGCAACUCUCGUCUUCCUUUCUUCCUGUUACCUGCUCUACCAGGCUUUCCCGCUCUUUAUGAUAACCUUCACAGGCACCUCGACUCUGGUGACAGUCCUUUUGGGUGCUCUUUUUUCUCCCCUUGUCGCAUUCUGCACCGCGAAUGCGUUGGCUGCUGUCGGUCCCUCGCUUGCCUACUUCAUGUUUAGGUGGGUGGGCAAGCCCAUCGUGCUCUUCCUUUUCCCUGAGAAGCUCGAGAGGCUGAAGCGUGUGCUGCAUCCACGCAAGCAACUGCAGAGAGGGCGCCCGAGUGACGACGCAAGUGGCAGCCCCCAAGACAAAAAGCCGCCCGGCUUUGAUGUGGAUCUCUUCCUCACGGUCCUCUUCCUUCGCGUUUCUCCAGUAUUCCCCAACCUGUUUAUCAACGCAGCAGCGCCACUCCUUGAGGUUCCUUUCGAUGUUUUCUUUACGGCGACGCUCUUCGGUCUGAUGCCAAACACAAUUCUUUUCGUGUCGAUGGGAAACGCCCUGACUUCGCUCGAUUCCUUGGACGGCAGUUGGCGACUCUGGCUGCUGCUCUGCGCCAUGGCGGGGGCUGUCGUUCUCCUGAAGGUUCUUCGAAGACGCUUGCGACCGAAAGACAGUGAAGGCAUCUAA